ACUCGCAUGCAGAGCAAGGGACGCUUCACUCCUUCACUGGAGCGCUGACGGUCAGGAUCCACCGGAGGAAGACCGCCGGCUCGCAACUCUGCCACCUGACUCGCACUGCGUCUUUCCAGAUGUUUCCGUCCGUGUGAGUGUCGGGAGCGAGCGCGGGGUCAGAGAUUCAGCGAGGGCAGGAGGUGGAGAGACUGUUCUGCGGAGAGAUCAAGUCCGUUCGUCGGCAUGAACGCAGCGCGCCAGGACCUCCGCAAACUGCUCACAUGGAUUGACUGAACGCAUUUCUCUUGACUUGUCCCUUCGAAUUCGGAUUCCUCCACAUCGGGUUGCAGAGUACAACACCGAAAACCGGAUUAAUGCUGUUGUGAAAUCGAGGAUUUUGAUUUAUUUCACUGUAUUUUUUUUUGGAGUUGGAUGAUGAUUAUGUUUCUCACUGUUAACCCACGAAUGAAGGGCAUCUGGGAAGGAGUUAACCUUUCAUAAGGUGGAAAUAUUACUUGGACUGGAACUGAAACUCGUUCAUUUUUCCCCCCGCGGAGUCCAAAAUGAAGUGUGCCACAGCGUGGAUGUGCGUCUACUCGCUUCUGCUGCUCCUGGCUGAAGCAGCAGGUGCCCUGGACGGCGCCUCAGCUCCUGGAUCGCCCGGACCUGGAGCCGCGUCUGAAUGGGUAGACUGCAUUCAGGCCAGUGACAUGUGCAACCAGAACCCUCACUGUAGCUCUCGGUACCGGGUGAUGCGUCAGUGCCUGGUGGGCAAGGAGAAGGAGGCCAUGCUGGACAACAACAGGGAGUGCCAGGCCGCCCUGGGAGUGCUGAUCGGCAGCCCGCUCUACGACUGCCGCUGCAAGAGAGGCAUGAAGAAGGAGCUGCAGUGUCUGCAGAACUACUGGACCAUCCAUAUGGGACUCACCGAAGGUGGAGAUGACGACGUGUCUCCUUACGAGCCAGUGGCACCCAGCAGGCACCCAGACGCUUUCCGCCUGGCUUCCAUAUCCUCAGGGAUGCUCACCGUGGCCCCAAAAGGCUUCCACUGCGCCGACGCCGAGAGGACCUGCAACCCCUGCCUGGACGCUGCCAAAGCCUGCAAUCUCAACGGCACCUGCAAGAGGCACCGCUCCGCCUACAUCGCCACUUGCAGCAAGGAGGACCCCAACAAGGGCGAGACGUGCAGCAAGAAGCGCUGUCACAAGGCUCUGAGGAUGUUCCUGGACCGCGUGCCCACCGAGUUCAGCCACCGUCUGCUGUUCUGCCCCUGCCAGACGGAGGGCUGCGCCGAGCGUCGCAGGCAGACUAUUGUGCCGGCUUGCUCCUAUAACGAAAAAGAGAAGCCCAACUGUUUGGAGCUGCGGAGCAUCUGCCGCCUGGACUCUCUGUGCAGGUCCAGACUGGCUGACUUCAUGGCCAACUGCAGAGGGAACCCUCCAACAGUGAGCACCUGCCCCAACCAAGACAAUCACCAGGCCUGCUUGGCCUCCUACACCAGACUCAUUGGGACGGAAAUGACUCCCAACUACGUGGACAGCAACUUCUCCUCCUGGACCAUCUCGCCGUGGUGCACUUGUAAAGGAAGUGGGAACCAGGAGGAGGAAUGUCUCAACCUUCUGCGGAGCUUCACGGAAAACACAUGCCUUAGAAACGCCAUCCAGGCCUUUGGGUACGGAAUAGACUACAUGCAGAGCAAAAACGCCUCGCUCCCGGGACCCUCCGUGACAACGAAGGUGGCUCUGAACAGGUCGACAGGAACCUUGGCGUCUCCCGUGGUGACCAUGUUGAGGUACCCUGAACCAGACAGUGGCCUGAACAAACCUCAGGGCUUACCAGAGGAUCGCUCCGCUUGUAUGGGUGCCAACGUCUGGGCUCUGCUUCUCGGCCUGGCUUUGGCUCUGGUCCUGGCUCCACAUGCCUUAUAGAAGUGCCAGGAGUAGAAAAGAGGUCAUCCACCCACGAGCUUAUCCCAAAAGCAGAAGGUGUUAUUUCGGAGGCUGAUAUUAAGACGACUGAAUCUCCGGGCAUUCGGUGUAAAUGGCAUUCAUGAGAGGUGAAAAAGAAAAGAGAGAAUAUCGUGACAACUUUGCUGUUCAUUUGAUGUAAUUCCAUGACGGACCUCGACUGCCGUGGCUUUUUUUUUUUUUUUUUUUUUUUGGAUGAAUAACAAGGACCCUUGUUAGGAGAAAGCCAUGCAGGAACUCUGAGACCCUACAAGUCAUGUCAUCAUCAUGGCUCUCUCUGAAGAGAGGAAAUGAACAACGGGGUGGGAGAAAAAAAAAAAAAGCAGUGACAGGACUUAAAUUGCCGCAGAGAGAAAGUGAAGUAAGCUCAAACUCAUACUUCAGUCACACUUACUUUUGUCUCUAAUUGGUUCUUGACUUCAUCUUUUUCUCUGGUGAGGCGACCACAAAUUUGGGGGCGGGAGUGGCUGCAUUCUGUCUCCUCAGCACUCUAGUGUAAACUGUAAAGCCUAUCAGUGUUCUAAGUGUUGGUAUAGUAUCCGUGACCAUAAUCGAUCUGCUGUACAGCCCCUUCUCAUUUGGCUGCUACGGCGCUCAGCAGGCAGCGUGAAGUACUUCAGACGGCGAUGUGAAGCAUUCAAACAGUACUUUGAGAUGUUGUUGUUGAUGUCUGUGGGUGUUCGCCAUACAUCCACGUGCACAUUUGUAUAGUUCUGUCUCUAUGUAUAUAGAAUACUUUACUUUCAUUCAACAUAAAUAUCUAUAGUACCAUGACGCUGUAUCAAGUGUGACAAGUAUUUGGUACCGGAAGAGCCUUCAUUAUCUGCAUUUGAAAUGGGAUUGAUGACAAAGAAUGUAUACAGGGAUGAGAUUAAAUGAGCUUUAUUUGCUUGGAAAGCCACAUCCUGUCUGAGUAUAAUGUCGUGUUCUGUCUUGACACUAACUGUGAUUUACUUACUUUCAUCCAGCGAGAGGAGACAAUCGCAUCCCUGCCGUUCAUUCGUUGAAUUCACUUCCCUAAUGUUUCAGUUCCAUCGAUCCGCUUUUCUCUCAAAUAUAUGGACUUAUAAGCGGAAAAACAGAUUGCAAUCAUUUAUUAAAGUCACCACCGCGGAAAAUCCAUUGGCAGUUUUUGCUGCAGAUUGCGAUCGCAUCGAUGCCCUGCCUUGACCCCUGACCUCCUCGGGCGACAGACUCUCGGCUGAGACUCUUCAGCUACAAAUUCCAAAAUCAGGAUCACAAGUGGAUUUAUUCAGAGUAAUGCUACAUUAAAGCUAUUUCAAUGUUUGAUACCCUUAGUUUAUUGAAAGAAAGCAACUAAAUUCGACUCUUGUUUAUUGUUUUGAUGAUGCAUUCAAGGUUCUUGUUAACUGCAGUCUAAUUUCAGCAGCUGUCUUCAGGUUAAAAAAUGAAAAAAAGUGGAUAUUAUGGUACACAAUACACUGUGUUGUAGUGACAUAUGCUGUGUUCCUGUAAUGCCAGUUUAGCAGCUGUCUAAAGGUUAAAAAAAAAAAGUUUUACAAGAAUUGCCUUUUCACCUCAGAUAUGUGGUCAUUGAAUGCACCAUUAACCCAAAAGUGGUAUUGACUCAAUGUUGUAUCCAUGUGUUAAAUGUUGCCUUCAAAGAACAGAACUAGUCGUGUUCCAGUUGCGAGUAGAUCGCUGGUAGUUUUCUAAAGGUACCAAAGGGUUGAACUUGGAUGAUUCAGAAUCUGAAUCUUGGGAGAGAUUUUAAGUCAGUGGUUUGUGAUCAUGAUGGUUUUUAUAUGCACAUUAU